CCACUCUUCUCGUCUCAUCCUUCUUCAACACAACCAUGAAUUGGAUUCGCGGUGACUCGCUCGGAACUGGAAGCUUCGCCACCGUCAACAAGCUCGUACCCACACACACUUCCGCUCACUUUUUUCCUUCUCCCACCGCCGUCAAAUCCUCCGACCUUCACACCGCCGCUUCCCUCAAGAACGAGAAGGAGAUUCUCGAUCGCAUUCGCCACUCCCCUUACAUCAUCAAAUGCUACGGCCACGAUUCUACCAUCGAAAACGGCCAGGAGUUUUACAACGUCUUUCUCGAACACGCCGCCGGCGGUUCCCUCGCCGAUCAGCUCAAAAAACACGGCGGGACCCUCCCGGAGAGUUACGUUCGGCGCUGCACCAGGUCUGUCGUGGAAGCUCUCAGGCACAUUCACGCCGAAGGUUUUGUUCACUGCGACGUGAAGCUGCAGAACAUUCUCGUGUUCGACGAUGACGAGGUUAAAGUCGCGGACUUUGGGCUGGCGAAGGAGAAGGGGAGAAAAGAGGGGAAGUGGGAGUGUCGUGGGACGCCGCUGUUCAUGUCGCCGGAAGCGGUGAACGAGAACGAGUACGAGUCGGCGGCGGAUAUUUGGGCCUUGGGCUGCGCCGUGGUGGAGAUGGUGACGGGAAAGCCCGCUUGGGAAGUUCGAAGCGGGGUGAAUAUUUGGGCUUUGUUGAUACGGAUUGGGGUUGGAGAGGAGUUGCCGAAGAUUCCAGAAGAGUUGUCGGAAGAGGGGAAGGAUUUUUUAAGGAAGUGUUUCGUUAAGGAUCCUAAUACGAGGUGGAGUGCUGAGAUGCUUUUGGAACAUCCUUUUAUUAACGAUCACUGUGUUUCUUUUAAGAAAGUCAAUGGGUCGUUGCCGUCGCCGUCGCCGAGGACCCACUUUGAUUUCCCUGACUGGGCUUCCACCGUGACGUCUUCGCUUCCUUCCUCCCCGGACUCCGGCGAGUGGUGUCAGGGGGAAUUCAGUUUGUCGUGUUCGCCGGCGAGUCGUCUCCGGCGGUUGGGCACUGAUGAAUUGGUUCCGAUGGGUUGGUCGGGAUCGGAUGACUGGAUUGACGUAAGGUGAAGUUGAUGAGAUCGUACGGAUGACAUUCCAUGACGUUUGUUGAUUCUUGUCUUUAAUUAGAUGUGAAUUAUUAGGAAUAGGAUGACAGGAGGACUACUUGCCGCCACCCUUGGCCAAGUGUACAGAGAUUCGUUUUGUUCAUAUUAAAAUUUUGAUCAGUUUAUAAGGUUUUCAGUUUUAUUUUGGGUAUUUAUAUUCGAAUGCCCUCUAUUUUAUAUAUCUUAUCAACACUCAUUCUUUUCUAUGUCUCUCUUCUUAUUAUACGUAUAGCUUUUUCUUUCAA